CUUGUGGCAGUGUAGUGUGAGUAACAGGUGCUGAGGAACACCCAUGCGAGGAUCAACUCUUUUUUUUUUACAGGAAAGCACCACAUCUGGUGGCUUCACAGGCUUCAUUUCAGACAACCCAGACAAGGGGACUUCCUUUAUGCUUACUGCUCCAGGGCCACUGCAGAAGGGAGAAGAAGAGGCAAGAGGAGAGGACAGAAGAGCAAGAGACAAACGCAGGACAUGGAGGUGAAUAUAUAACAGGACAAUUGUGGAUCUGACUUUGUAUCUGUGUGUUCAAUCUGGACAAAGGAUGGCUGGAAAGGAAUAGGGUGCUUUGCAACUCGCAUACUACACUGUGCAAAGCAGGAGAAAGAGUGAGCGAGAGAGAGAGAGCAAGAGAGAGAAAGACUCAGAGUGAGGGAGCUGUUUUCUCUCCACUAUUCAGAGGUACAGACUACAGAAAGGCACAACAGUAAGGGGGACAAUUUCACAUGAAGAAUUUAAAAACAGCAAGAACAAGUGACAACACAAAAUAUUAAAAGAGCAUUUUUUUAACAAUGGACUUCUCAACGAAGAAGAUCAACUAAAAUAACAAACCCAUCCGGUGUAAUAGCACAUAGGAGUCAUUAGAGUGAAAGGUCAUGAAGUCCAACCAGGAGCGUAGUAAUGAGUGCCUGCCUCCAAAGAAGAGAGAAAUCCUGGCGCUUGAGGAGCGGCAGGUGCUUGUAGCAUCAACUGUGAAUGAGAGCCAAAGUGGUGAGAACCUGGCUUGGCUUGCUAGUGUUGCCAGCAUGGCCAGCAUGGCCACUGUUCCCAACCUGGUUCCUGCACAGAGCCACAGUACUGAAUCAAGCAGCCCAGCACCAUCAACCAAAGCCCUGACACUAGUGACAGAGUACCCACUUUCCACCUCUGUCUCCAACAGCUCUUUGUCAUCAUUUACAAAUUCCACACCUGCAGGAGGUCUCUCUGGAACAACGACAAUAACAGCCAACCCAGCUGUUCUCUCCUCCAGCCUUCCCCAUGUAACAGGACCCAUCCAGCCCAACCAGCUGCCACCUAAUUUACAAAUCAUUGGACCCUACACCAGUUAUAUCUCCUCCCAGAUACUACCAGCUGCAGCAAGUCCGACCCAGUCACGUAGACAAGCUCAAGAGCUUUAUGCUACUGCCGCUGUAAUCCCACAAGCUUCUAAUGGAAACCCACAGAAGCAACAUGUGAUUUCAUCUUUACCUAAUGUAGCUCACACCCCUAGCCAGUGCAUUCAGGUAGAGAGCACACCAGUUGGUUUGCCAGUGAUUUCACCAUCUUCACAAGUACCCCUUCAACUUCACACUCAUUCAACUGUUCUUGCCCCUCAUGGUUUGACUCUCGCUCCCUCUCAGGUGCUUGUGCAUUAUACCGAUGGCCUCAUCACAAAACAACCUGACUCCCAAAGCAGAGAUCUGCAGAAUGGUGCUCUGGGAGAGGUUACCGUGGUCAAACACACCACCAGCAUUGUGAAGGGAUUGUCAAACAAACCAGAAAGUGAUGAUGCCCAAAGGCAGAUUCAGAACCUGGGUCUACCAGCGCAAACUCAGGUCUUGCUCCCAGCUGACUACGCUGCUCAUGACAGUGCAGGACUUCAGACAUCAGUCAUGCUAUUGUCAAGCAGCCACCUGAUGGCCAAUAAUAGCACUGAGCUUCAGAGCACCCAGGAUAAAGAGCACACAUCUCUGGCUCGGGUGGAGAGAACAAGACUAUCUGUGGGGAAACCAGUCUCUCGAGUUUCCUCCAUUUCUCUUUCAUCAUCAGAGAGCAUGGCAGCAUCUCUUGCUCCAACUCUCCCCCCUCACACACUACUGCAUACAUCUCCAUCUGCCCCCACCCAGGAGAUUUCUACGAACCUUUUCUCCACCACACAGCUGCCUAUUAUUGGAUACAUUACUAGUACAUCUGGGGCACCCCAGCAUUCUGUGGCGAGUUACCAUAGUAACCUUUCACAGCAUCUAGUGAUCUCAGGCAGUCCCUCUCUCCUUAUUCCUGUGAAUGCUGGCAACAUCAACACAUCGUCUACUGAGUCAGAGGUUACUCGUUGCUCUAUCUCAACCAUUUCUGCUGCUAGUGUACCAACAGUAGCCACAGGUCUGCCUCAGGCUUACAUCACUGCAGCCACACCUACUGCUACAACCUCUAUUCUCCCUAAUGGAAAAGACAUCACAGGGCCAGAGGAGCAUCAUGCUGCAGCAGGUAUACACAGUUCAACACAGGUUCAACUUCCUGUGCUUUCAACAGGGGUAGUAGCCCCUCCAGGUCCUGGGCUCCCACCAACACCCCCAAGCCCACAGAAUGCACCUUUAUCUCCAUCAUCUGCCCUGCCUUCAUUCUUCAUGAAGGGCUCCAUUAUCCAGCUGGCAGAUGGAGAGCUUAAGCGGGUGGAGGACCUAAGAACAGAGGACUUCUUGCAGAGUGCAGAAGUGAGCAGAGAACUAAAAAUUGACUCGAGCACAGUUGAGCGGAUAGACUCCAGCAGAACACCUGAUGCAGUCAUCAUUCAAUUUUCAGUUGGGGAACAUAAAGCACAGGUAUGUGUGGAGGUGCUGGUAGAGUACCCUUUCUUCGUGUUUGGUCAGGGAUGGUCAUCCUGCUGCCCAGACCGCACUACACAGUUACUGGCAUUGUCAUGUGCCAAACUCUCUGUUGGUGAUGUUUGCAUCUCCCUCACUCUAAAGAGCCUGAAGAAUGGUGCAUCAAGAAAAGACCAAACCUUUGGUCAUGUGAAGAACCAUAAUGACAGUCCUCAUAAAGCAGCUAAAACCAGUGGACCGACUGGAGCACCACAGGCUCAAAGGGAAAAUCAGAGGGAUGCGAAUGUUUUUGGAUUAGACCUGGAACACAAAUUUGAAGGUAUUGGGCUUAAGAGUCCUAACUCUGGGAAAGUUCAAGGUGCAGGGAGUCGCAAGAGAAGGUGGUCUGCCCCAGAGAAAGGAGAGAUAGAGCGGUCACAAGAGAAUGACCAGCUGGAAACCCUACCUAAACUUUCCUUUCUUUCUCAAGAGCUAAAGGUCAGCAUUGAGGGAAGGUCCAGUAUGGGCACCUGAGAUACCCUGUGAGCCAUCAAAAAUGAAAGACAUAUUUCAUAUUCUAGAGAAAGAAUCUUCUUAACCAAGGAUCAUUGUGGUUUAUUGACUUACUUGUGGUGUCGGCUGGUGACAACUAUUCCGAAACCAUGUGUGUUUUUCACUGGGCAAAUGAUAUGCAGCAGUACAACAAGAUUAUUAUGGUUAUCUUCUCAUGGCUUAUUUUAGUUACUGUAACAGGAGCUACUUUUGACUAACAGUAUUUACAGUAUAUGUUUUUGUAAUAAAACCCACAAAAAUUUCUGGCAUUUGUCCCGGGGGAUACAUAUAAA